CGGGGCCUGAUGUGCCUGCGGGGGCGCUCCGGAGCCCCUGCCCGCACCCCCUCCUCCCUGCCUCUGUUGCCUUGCACCGUGCUCGAAGCCCUCCAUUUGCAGCCAGGGGUUGGACGUCUACCUGGCCAGGGUCCCAGGAGGAGCUCCACGCAGGAGAUCGGCGAGGAGCUGAUCAACGGGGUCAUCUACUCCAUCUCCCUGCGCAAGGUGCAGUUGCACCACGGGGCCAGCAAGGGCCAGCGCUGGCUCGGGUAUGAGAAUGAGUCGGCCCUGAACCUUUACGAGACCUGCAAGGUAAGGACUGUGAAGGCAGGCACGCUGGAGAAACUGGUAGAGCACCUGGUGCCCGCUUUCCAGGGCAGUGACCUCUCCUACGUCACCAUCUUCCUGUGCACCUACAGAGCCUUCACGACCACCCAACAGGUGCUGGACCUGCUGUUCAAAAGAUAUGGCUGCAUCCUCCCUUACUCCGAUGAGGACGGCGGACCCCAGGACCAGCUUAAAAAUGCCAUCUCCUCCAUCCUGGGCACCUGGCUGGACCAGUACUCGGAGGACUUCUGGGAACCCCCGGACUUUCCCUGCCUCAAGCAACUGGUGGCCUACGUGCAACUCAACAUGCCCGGCUCAGACCUGGAGCGCCGUGCCCACCUCCUCCUGGCCCAGCUGGAGCACUCAGAACCCCCCGAGGCAGAGCCUGAGGCUUUGUCACCAGCUCCAGUGCCAGUGUUAAAUCCGACUCCAGAGUGGGAGUCGUCUCCGGCACCAGCUCCAGCACCCAGUCUGGAACCAGUGCCAGCAUCAGCCUCAGAGUCAGAGCUGGAGCCAGCCCCACCUUCAGAGCCAGAGGUGGCACCAGAGCCAGCGCCCGAGCUCGAGCCAGCUCCAUCAUCAGUGCUAGCACCAGCGCUGGCGCCAGAGCCGGCGCCAGAGCCAACACCAGAGCCAGAGCCAGAGCCAGAGCCAGAGCCAGAGCCAGCUCUGUCACAAACUCUAGAGCCGGAGGCAGCUCCAGGGCGCGUUCCCUCUCCAGAGCCUUGCUGGCCUCCGCCUGUGGUUGCAGAGAACGGGCUGAGCGAGGAGAAGCCUCAUGUUUUGGUGUUCCCUCCCGACCUGGUGGCGGAGCAGUUUACACUGAUGGAUGCGGAGCUGUUCAAGAAGGUGGUGCCCUACCACUGCCUGGGCUCCAUCUGGUCCCAGCGGGACAAGAAGGGCAAGGAGCACCUGGCGCCCACCAUCCGCGCCACCGUCACCCAGUUCAACAGCGUGGCCAACUGCGUCAUCACCACCUGCCUGGGGGGCCGGAGCAUGAAGGCCCCGGACAGGGCCAGGGUGGUGGAGCACUGGAUCGAGGUGGCCAGGGAGUGCCGGGUGCUCAAGAACUUCUCCUCGCUGUAUGCCAUCCUCUCUGCUCUGCAGAGCAACUCCAUCCACCGCCUGAAGAAGACGUGGGAAGAAGUGUCCAGGGACAGCUUCCGAAUCUUUCAGAAGCUGUCAGAGAUCUUCUCAGACGAGAACAACUACUCACUGAGCCGAGAGCUGCUCAUCAAGGAGGGGACCUCCAAGUUUGCCACUCUGGAGAUGAACCCCAAGAGAGCCCAGAAGCGGCCAAAGGAGACAGGUGUCAUCCAAGGCACUGUUCCCUACCUGGGCACGUUCCUCACUGACCUGGUGAUGCUGGACACUGCCAUGAAGGACUAUCUGUAUGGGAGACUGAUCAAUUUCGAGAAGAGGAGGAAGGAGUUUGAGGUGAUCGCCCAGAUCAAGCUGCUGCAGUCGGCCUGCAACAAUUACAGCAUCGCACCCGAGGAGCACUUCCGGGCCUGGUUCCGAGCCAUGGGUCGACUCAGCGAGACCGAGAGCUACAACCUGUCAUGCGAACUGGAGCCCCCGUCCGAGUCGGCCAGCAACACCCUCAAGACCAGGAAGAACGCAGCCAUCGUCAAGCGCUGGAGCGACCGCCAGGCCCCUAGCACGGAGCUCAGUACCAGCGGCAGCUCCCACUCCAAGUCCUGCGACCAGCUCAGGUGCGCCCCCUACCUCAGCAGCGGGGACAUUGCUGACGCGCUCAGCGUGCACUCAGCCGGCUCCUCCAGCUCCGACGUGGAGGAAAUCAACAUCAGCUUCGUCCCGGAGUCUCCCGAUGGCCAGGAAAAGAAGUUCUGGGAGUCGGCCUCCCAGUCGUCCCCGGAGACCUCCGGCAUCAGCUCCGCCUCCAGCAGCACCUCAUCCUCCUCAGCCUCCACCACGCCCGUGGCCGCCACGCGCACCCACAAGCGCUCUGUCUCAGGGGUCUGCAACUCUAGCUCCUCACUGCCGCUCUACAACCAGCAGGUGGGCGACUGCUGCAUCGUCCGUGUCAGCCUGGACGUGGACAACGGCAACAUGUACAAGAGCAUCCUGGUGACCAGCCAAGAUAAGGCCCCGACUGUGAUCCGCAAGGCCAUGGACAAACACAACCUGGAUGAGGACGAGCCAGAGGACUACGAGCUGGUGCAGAUCCUCUCAGAUGACCGGAAGCUGAAGAUCCCUGAAAACGCCAACGUGUUCUAUGCCAUGAACUCUACUGCCAACUAUGACUUUGUCCUGAAGAAGCGGACCUUCAUCAAGGGGGCAAAGGUCAAGCAUGGAGCCAGCUCAACCCUCCCUCGCAUGAAGCAGAAAGGACUCAAGAUCGCCAAGGGCAUCUUCUGAGGGCAUCUCCCCAGGGUCUGGCUGGCUGGCAACUAAGCACUUAGGGACCAGAGCGGCCCAGGCCAGCUGGGUACCUUGAACCCACCUGCCCGCCCAGGGCACCCCAGACUCCAGUUUUACCCUGAACCCCUCCUACUGCUGGGAUUGAAGCCUGCUUUGGGUCAGGCUGACCUGGCCCCCCUGGACCACUAGCUGCCUUAGGUGCCUUCUGCUCUCUGGAACCAGAGGACCAGCUGACUUUGGCCAAGGAGCGGUGCCAAUGGGCAUGGUGACCUGCCUGCCCCGGGCACUGCCUCGGUAUACUUCCCUGACACCUUCCCGGGUGCGGGUCACUGCCACCUGUGCCCACGGGCACUCUAGAGCACCCACUGACCCGUUGGGUGUGACACUGCAGUUCUCUCCUCGUGCCCACGGGCACUGGCCCGGGACCUUCAUGGGGGUCCCGGCCCCUCCUCCUACCACUCUAGCCUUUCUUGGGCUGCACCAAAGAUUCCGUCAUCAGGGCCAACUGAGAGCAAGGGAGUCUUGCCCACCACCUACUCCAGUCCUCCCCCGGGAAUGGAGAGAGAAACCUCUUCAUGGACCAGACUCUUCGCCCGGUGAGUGAGGACAGUUCCAGCUGCGUCUCAUCGAUGUCAGAUCUCACGCCACUGCAAGUGCCAUCCACCACCGCAUCCUGGGCUUUACGAGACCACACGAGAUGGGGGUUAGUGGGGAAGGAGGAUUUGGGGAGGGGGGUGGCGAUUAACUAUUUGUAUAAAAAGAAAAAAGAAAAAAAGUUUACCACGUGGGGAGGGGCAAUAUUUAUUUGUUGUAAAUAGCAAAUGCUAGACUUGAAUAUUAUAUUAAAAUCCUGUUUCUACUA